GGGGUCCACGGGCGGGCAGAGCUGUCUAAAGCCGGGGCUGGUAGGGCUCGGCUCAGCUCCGGUCCUGUGUCCGCUUCAGGAUCCCCACUGCCAGCGGCAAGAUGUCGUGGAACCUGCAGUACCGCACCUCCAAGUUCCGCCACGUGUAUGGCAGACCUGCCAGUAAGGAGAAGUGCUAUGACUGUGUGCCCAUCACCCACAACGUCCAUGACAACCAGUUCUGUGCUGUAAACCCCCACUUCAUUGCGGUGGUGACCGAGUGUGCGUGCGGGGGGGCCUUCGUUGUCAUUCCCAUACACCAGACAGGCAAGCUUGACCCACAUUAUCCCAGAAUAUGGGGGCACAGAGGGAAUGUUCUGGACAUCAAGUGGAACCCAUUCAAUGACUUCAUAAUAGCUUCAUGUUCGGAAGAUGCCACAGUGAAAAUCUGGGAGAUCCCCAAGCCCUUGCUAACAAAAACCAUUACCAGUCCGAAGAAGGAACUUCUUGGGCAUGUUCGAAGAGUUGGUCUCAUUGAGUGGCAUCCCACUGCUAAUAACAUCCUCUUCAGCUCUGGGUAUGACUACAAGAUAAUGGUCUGGAACCUUGACACCACAAAGGCUGUGAUCUCAAACCCAGUGAAGAUCCUCAAUGCUCACAGAGAUGUGGUCCUUUCCAUGUCAUUCAACACAGAUGGCAGUCUCCUUGCCACAGCCUGCAGGGACAGAAAGAUACGUCUGAUAGAUCCUCGUGCAGGAACAGUCCUACAGGAAGCCAGCUACAACUCUCACAAAGCCAAUAAAGUCUUGUUCCUUGGAAACAUGAAGAAACUGAUCUCUACCGGAACAUCUCGGUGGAAUAAUAGGCAAAUUGCAUUAUGGGAUCAAGAUGACCUUUCUGUGCCUUUACUGGAGGAAGAUCUGGAUGGCUCCUCAGGAAUCCUGUUUCCCUUCUAUGACUCAGACACACACAUGCUUUACGUGGUGGGAAAGGGUGAUGGAAAUAUACGGUACUAUGAGAUAAGCCCUGAGAAACCAUAUCUGUACUACCUGAUGGAAUAUCGUUCUCAUUUACCACAGAAGGGAAUGGGAAUGAUGCCAAAGAGAGGCCUUGAAGUGUCAGCUUGUGAAAUCUUCCGUUUCUACAAACUAAUACCAACUAAAAGCCUGAUUGAGCCCAUCUCAAUGAUUGUGCCUCGACGGUCGGAGUCAUACCAGGAAGACAUCUACCCCUUGACCACAGCAGCCCAGCCGGCACUGACAGCACAAGAGUGGCUGAAUGGAGUUAACAAAGCACCUCUCUUGGUAUCCUUGAGACCAGGCUCUGGAGUUGUGAAUUCCUUACCAGAGUUUCCUGAGCCACAGCCACUUGUGACGACUGCUGACCUGAGCCAGCACCAGGGUUGGGGAGGAAAGAUGCCGCUGGAGGAUGUGCAGGAGCCAAGUGAGAUUGAAUACAGAAGAAAACUUCUCAAAGUGGAGGAGAAAUUGCCAAAAAAUGAGCAAAUGUGCCUCUCCAGUAGCUUUGACAUAUUUGAGUGUCCACCACCCAAAACAGAAAAUGAGCUUUUGCAGAUGUUUUACAGACAACAGGAAGAAAUCCGUAGACUACGUGAGCUGGUAAACCAGAGAGAUGUCCAAAUUAAACAGAUGAAGCUGGAGAGCGGAAACUUCUCUGUGGACACAGAUAGUUACUGAGGGUGCUAGCCUCCAGCUCUUGGCACCCCUGACAACUGCAGCAGACUCCUGUUUCUGUGGAUGAUGACUCCUAGCAUUUUUGCUGGGGGAAAAAAUGAUGCUUCAGGCAGCAUGGACUUCCCUGGCUUGUGGUGGUUACAUUUCCCUAAUCAUCACCAGAUAGUUACUGAUGGACUUGCUGUGCUUCUUCAGGCUCCCCUUGCUCGCCCGGUCACUCAUGUCAGAAGCUCAUGCAUUAAUCUAGUGAGAGACUUUUGGAAAAUCUUGCUCUUCUGGUCCUGGACUUAAGCUCUAGGAACAACCAGCCUGUUUUGCUGUCCCUCCACAUGACAUCAAGGUGGGACACUGAAGGCAGCUACCAGCUUCUUUUCCCAUUCCUGGACUCAGCAGUGUGGCUCCUGUGGCUGCAGUCCUCCUACCCUGGGAGACCACUCUGCAACUGAGCUUCAGAAGCACCUCUAGCUCCCAAGUGAAUCCUAAUGCACCGCUCUUGCCUCACAGCUUUGCCCUGGAACUGGGUGGCUAGGCAAAGCCGCAGCUGCCCUGAGUUGGGGAUAGUCCCGCUCUGAGCGGGAGGCUGCACUGGGGGUGCCACGUGCUGGCACUUUUGUGAUAGAUAAAGGAGAGUUGAUGUUUGAAGGUUCUACUGUUAAAAAGGUGGUGGUGUGGGCUGGUUCUCACCACAGAAGCUGCAGGUGCAGUGGAGGUCUCUGGGUCCUUUGAGUCAAUGGCCUUCUGUUCCUCCUUCUGCCAAACACCAGCAGCAGUCAGCUGGGGACCCGUGGUGCUGCAGUGGUCAUCAGGCAAAUGAGAACAACCUUUAAAGCUGUGGUGUUGGCAGCGGGGUGUUUGCCAAGAGGGGUUAAAAGGAAGAGGUAGGACUUGGAUCCCCAACACACUGCAGAUCUUUGAGCAAGUGUGCUGUCAGCCACAGGAGGAGCAUAGGACUGUGGUGGUCACAAACAGCCCUCCCCUGUUGCUGGAGUAUUGCUUGUCCUUGUAUCUGCAGCUUCUGCUUUCGUAGCUCCCAGCUGCCAGCGCCUUGUCCAAUGCCCACAGCUACCUACAGCUCUUCCCAGCUGUGUUGCCCAGCCUCCAGGGCUGCGUGUCUCCCCAGGCCCUGCAGCCACACACACAUCUGUGCCCUUCAGCACAGGGAGCAAGAGCAGCUGCAGGAUGCAUGCCAUCCUUUGUUUCAGGGCUGGCACUUGUGACCAGAUUUUAUGCAGCCUGCCUGCAGUGCAGAGCACCCAUGCAGAGCACAGACCUGCCUGCCUCAUCGGUGCCUGGGGUCUCUUCCUGUUUGUUCCUGCAGUGUGGGGCAAGAGAGUGCACUGUCUGUUGCCUAGGGAUCUGAGUGUAGCAGCAGCACCGGAGCGGGAAUGUCCCAAAUGCAGAGCUUAUGGAGAUGUCUUAAACCCAAGCAGAGCAAGCUACCACUUUUUUAACCUGUAUCCGUGCACCUUUGUUGUGACACAUGCAGGAAUGAAUGCUAUCCCCUUCUAGUUGCCUGAAGUCUAAUGUUUUCUCAAAGUCUAAAAAAAUUUAAGUAUAUAUGUAGUCAGAAAUUUCCACAGGACUCCUUAGCAAGGGGACUAAACGCUGUGCACUGCCUGUGCUCAUGUGAGAUGCCCCUCUGGUUAUCCCUGAAAGCAAUAGCCAGCAGGUAGCUCAUGGGCACUAAAUACUUUCAAGAGAAUCACACAAAGACUUCAGCAUCCCUUUUUCCCUGCUGCAAACAUGUCACCUGCUUUCAAAAAAUAUUCUUCAUUUCUCAAUAGCAACAACAGAUGUGGGUGCUAAAAAGUCACAAAUACUGUUGUUUCUUUCUGCAGCAUUACAGAAAGGGGGUAGUUGUUCAUGUGCUUCCAGAGGAGUCCUUUAGCAUCAGUCAAUUAACACUACUCUUUUUGUAA